AUGCACCUCUGGCCCAAGAACGCCCGGCCCCACCCCGACCUCGUGGCCGGAUACCAGGCCUCGUUCCCAUGCCAAGCUGCGUUCCUUUGGGCCGCGCCGCCAGUUCCUCCUGGUGCCCGGCAGCCCGCACGCACCCUUGCCGAGUCGCACACCCGCAGCGACGGAGCGCUGCCAGCAUCGCCCGCUUGUCCCCCGAUGGGUGUGCCGGUAGACUCCGGAUGCCGGCCCGGGCGGGCCCGUCAACCGCCGGCGCUUUGGGGUCCGCCCGACGGACACCGCAACGCCGCCCGGUCGGCCUGCGAUGUUUUUUUUUCGUCGCGUCAUCGGGAGGGAGUUUUGGCGCCGAAGGAAAUCCAGCCGACUGCGUGCCGGUCGGUGUGCGCAUCCGCACGGCGCUAUCGCUUGCGGUCGGGAAUCCCCCCGCGCGAGGGAGCAGCAAAGCAAAGCGUUGAAUCUCUUGCUUUCUGCCCACACUCGCGAUGA